GCAUGUGUGCCUAUUUGUGGCCUUGCUAUAAUUAUCCUUCAUGGCCACGCAAGCUGCAGACUGAUUGGAAACAGUAGAGUCUUAUGCCCCGGUGCACCACCCCAGGAGUCCAACAGCACAGAAAGAAAACACUGAGCUUAGAGCGCACCCCUGAGUGUCCAAGUAAAGACGAAAACAUAUGGAGAAUCUACUGCUGGGAUGCUGGCUGUGAUGACAGAAGAGUCUUGCUGGUCUCUCUAACUUUCUUUUGCAGUUUCUUGUGGACAGGCUUUAAGAAUAUAUGCUGGAUAUAGGCAGCUGACUUUGAGUGGACACUUAUAGACUAAGAAGAUGAGUUCCAGAAGGCUGAUGAACCGUUCGCUCUCGAGUGAUGGAAGGUCUUACUACGGUGGCAGUGAUAUCAGCUCUCAGAAUAGAAGGGUUGGCUGUAGGAGCUACCUGAGCAGUGUUCGAUCUGAAAGCAGGAACACUCUCUGCAGUGUCAUGGCCCAAUUAACUGAGGAGAUACAGCCAACAUUUGAGACCACAUUAAAAUCCAAAGCUGUGUCUGAAGACGCUAACAUCAAGUUCAGCUGUGUGGUCUCAGGCCACCCAGUCCCUGAGGUGACAUGGUACAAAGAUGAUGUACAGCUGGACAGAUACUGCGGCCUUCCCAAAUAUGAAAUUUCACGCGAUGACAAGACACAUACACUCCAAAUAUACAACUGUACUCUGGAGGAUGCUGCAAUUUACCAAGCAUCAGCACAGAACAGUCGAGGCAUCGUGUCAUGUUCAGGGGUGUUGGAGGUGGGAACAAUGAAUGAGUACAAGAUUCAUCAAAAUUACUUUGCAAAGCUUAAACUGCGAAAUGAGAACCGACGUCGAGAGCAGGAGGAGCCCCGCAAUGCAGGCAAAGAAAAUGUCCCAGCAGCCCACGAGAACGUCAGGGUGAGCAGUCCUGAAAGAGCCCAAAGGAAACGUAGGUCCCCCAUGGAGACCAGAGCGGCUGGCAGCCCUUCAGAGGAGAAAGCCAUGGAGGUGGAUGCUCUCAGUCCAACACCUCCAGUUCAAGAGUCAGCAGCGGCAUCUGUUCAUGAAAUCUCAAACUGUGAAAUGAUCACAAACAGAGACAAAGAUGGCCAAGGGCUAACGUAUAUCCAUGAUACCGUGCAUAAUGCCUCCAGCAAACAAACUAAUGAGCAUUACGUCAAGAAGAAGAUCAAAAUCUCAACAGAAGCAACAGAGGGAAUUAAGGAAAACAGACAGACUGGAAGAAGUGAAGAGAUAAUGAAUGAGAGUGGGGCUUCCACUGAGAAGAUGGAAGUACAGAACUCUGUCGAUCAGAUCACCUCCUUGACUGAAUAUGAAAACAAAAUGGACAUAACAGACAGACAAAUAAGUGAAAAACAAUCAGUGAAAGUGAACAAAAGCCCCUCAAAAGAAUCAAAGAGAGCUCAGGAUGUUCAGACUGCCUCAGUGUCUGAAUCUAGAAACAAAUUGGACAUAACAGACAUAAGAAAAAGUGAAAAAAGUUCAGCACACACGAACAAAAGUCUCUCCGAAGAAUCAAAAAGAGCUCAGGGUGCUCAGAUCACAUCAGCAACAGAAUCUAAAAACAAAAUGGACAUAACAGACACAAAAGCAACUGAAAAACAGUCCGAGAGAGUGAACAAAAUGGUCUCAGAAAAGCCAAAGGGAGCUCAGGGUGUUCAGAUCACCUCAGUGACUGAAUCAAGAAUUAAAAUGGACAUAACCACAAAUAAGAAUCAAAAAUGGUCAGUGAAAGCAAACAAAAGUCCUUCAGAAGAAUCAAAGAGAGCUCAGGGUGCUCAUAUUGCCUUAGCGACUGAAUCAAGAAACAAAAUUGGCAUAACAGUCACAAAAAAGAAUGAAAAACAGCAAGUAAAAGUAAACAAAAGUGCUUUAGAAGAAUCAAAGAGAGCUCACCAUGCCUCAGUGACUGAAUCUAGAAACAAAAUGGACGUAACAGUCACAAAAACGAAUGAAAAACAGUCAGAGAAAGUGAACAAAAGUGUCUCAGAAGAACCAAAGAGUGCUCAGUGUGCUCAGAUUGCCUCAGUGACUGAAUCAAGUAAAAAAAUGGACAUAAAAGACACAAAAAAGAAUGAAAAACAGUCAGAGAAAGUCAAUAAAAGUGUCUCGGAAGAAUCAAAGAGAGCUCAGGGUGUUCAGAUUGCCUCAGUGACUGAAUCUAGAAACAAAAUGGACGUAACAGUCACAAAAACGAAUGAAAAACAGUCAGAGAAAGUGAACAAAAGUGUCUCAGAGGAAUCAAAGCGAGCUCAAGGUGCUCAGAUCACUUCAGUGACUGAGUCAAGAAUCAAAGUGGACAUAACAGACACAAAAAAGAAUGAUAAACAGUCAGAGAAAGCGAAGGAAAGUUCCUCAGAAUCAAAGAGAGUUCAAAAGCCCAUUACAACCCAGAAACAACUGCCACUGAAGUUUUCCAUGACAACCCAGAUGAACAAGGUGGUUGAGUACACAAAGCUAACUAAAUCAUCUGACAAAAGCACAUUAAACCUCCAACAUCAAGCUCUAGAUACUAUCCAGAACUGUAAUGCAAGAGUUAUAGACAAGAAGCUCUUGGAUUUUGAUGACCACAGAAAUAAAACUCCAGUAGGUACAUGUGUGAGGAUCUUUCCUCAUUCCUGUGGUGGGAAUGACGUCAACGUGGACACAGGGGAGAGGAAUGCGUCUGCAUGCUCUCUUAGGAGCUUGUCUGCAGGUGAUACUCACACUCAACCCACAGAGCCACCAAUUUGUGGAGACGUUCCUCCUUUUCUCAAGGAAGCACCCAUGGAUUUAAAGCAGCAACCCUCAUUAAUGCAUGAGGUCACUGCGAGUGUUACGGAAACACUCCCUGUUUCACAGGGAAAGAAGCUGAGAACAGGUGAUCAGUCUGUCGCAUCAACAAAGAGCAGUACACUUGUCACUGAGCCUCAAAACACUCAACCGAGUGAGAAAAUCUCCUCAGGUCAUAUUCCACACAUGCUUCAAGGCGGCCAAGUCACUACAGCUAGUUCCUCAUUAGGAGAUGACACAUUAACUAACAUGUGUGAGAAGGAUAGCAAAGCUGAAAGCCGACUCACCAAAGAGUCUGAUAAACUAAAAGGUGAAACAAAACUUGCAUCUGUUUCUAAAGGAAAGUCAACGGCAACCUCAAACCAUUCCACAAAUCAAGUCAUUGUCACAGAAUUUGUACAAUUCCGCACGACAAACUCAGAUGUGGUGCAACCACAGACCAUGAAUGACUCAUCAAUCUCUAAUGUUCAAAUGAAAGAUAAUAAGGCCCAAGAGUGUCAGAGCACUUAUCUUGAAUCUACAGACAAUGUUGCUAAAAUGGACAUACAGGCACAGUCUAAUGUAACCACAUCUGAACUACACAAAUUAACUAAUCACGAGAUGCAGAGUUACUCUGCAAAAAAAGCCAAUGAUCAUUCUGGCCCCUCUACAUUCCUCUCACAACGUUCAAAGGUUUUACCCACAGAAUUUACCAUUCCUACAAUAUAUAUAACAGAUGUGGACAGCACAUCUCAAAAUAGUACAGAAACAGAACACACUGUAGAUGCUGUUGAAACCAGAACUGAAAUGAAUACAGUAACCUCUAACGUGACAAAUAACAACACAAUCAUGCAAGUAGGUAAUAUAUCUGAAUGCACAGACACCACGAAUAAGACCACAGCUGUUUUGGAAUCUGAAGGUCUGCGUGAUGAAAAGCUUGAUCUUUCCCUGCAUUCACAACCCUCCGAAGUCAACAAGCCUCAUCAACAGCCACUAACUCAAGAAAAACUGAUUCAAGGACCUGAAUCAAGUCAUUGCGUCACUGACUUUGUUGCAUCAGACUUAAUUAGAUUGAAAGAUGUCACUAUGCAACAUCACCCUGCUGACAAAAGCAUAAAGACCAAUGAAGCUGACUUAGCUGAAAUUAACCAUCUUAAAGAAGCAGAUCUUCAUCUGAAAACUGAUUCAAACUCCUUCAUAAAACAAUUGAAGUUGGCUGCAUUAGACUUUGAUAGUUCAAAUCUAAGUACUACAGCCAAGAUAAAUGCUGCACCACAUAUAAACGCGACAGAAAAUAUUAAAUGUGGUGAGGAAGUAGUUUCUGCAGUGACAGAGCUCACUACCUGUAAGGUAACAAUUCCAUCGAAGACUACAGACCAGGUCUUCAAGUCUACUGCUGCCCACAGUGAGCUUGCCACCAAGACCGAUCAAAAGACUACAUUACCCAGGACUAAAACAGAGAAGAGUGAAACAGGAAUGACCCUAUGUCUUGAAGAAGCAAAAAGAGAUUCAUAUCAGGGGGACAAUUUAUCUCUGAAGACACAACCUGCAUCUCUAUUACAAUCAGUCAGUAACUCACCAUCGAAGACAUCAUUGGAAACACACUCCCCUCGUCUCACCCGGAGGACUGUCCAGGCUGACCUCUCCAAACCUGCAGGAAAUGAGAAUGUUAAGCCCAAAUCAGCAGAGAAAGACAAAGAAAACCAAUUCAAAGUCCCACAGGUUAUCCGUAAAAUCCGACCAGAGGUGUUUGAUGCCUCUGGAAAUCUGAAACUCUGGUGUCAGUUUUUCAACAUAGUAAGUGACUCAACAAUAAAAUGGUACAAGGAUGAAGUGGAAAUUGCUGAGAUAAAGAGAAGUGCAGGAGAUGAGACUCAAGUGUGCUUGGCUAUUAUACAGAUGUCCAAAAGAGACUGUGGUGUUUACAGAUGCACCAUUACCAAUGAAUAUGGCAAAGAUUUCACAGAGUAUCUUCUUAGCGCAGAGUUUCUGUCCAAUAUAUUCCUGCGUGAGGAGCUCCAGGAAGUUGGGGAGGAGAUUGAGAUGACUCCUCUGAUCUUCAGUAAAGGUCUUGCUGAUGCAGGUUGCUGGGGCUCAAAGUUCUACGGCCGUGUCACAACAGAAGAAGCUCAGGUUGGACUGGGAUGUGAGCACAAAACCAGACGGCUGAAAGUGAUCUACGGAUUAGAUCCUGUGUUUGAGUCAGGCAGCUCAUGUUUUAUGAAAGUGCGAAGCCCUAUUGCAUAUGAGAGCAGAGAGGAGACUGUCUUGGCUGAAAGGAAUCUUCAAAUCACAAAACAGGACUGUAGAAUUCAGAACAUGGCUAGAGAGUACUUCAAGAUCUUUGCUACAGAGACAAGAGUGAUAGAGAGCUUUGGUGCAGCACUGGAGGUAAUCCCUCUAUACUUCAUGUACUUGCCAGCGAGCAGUAUUCCUUCUGCAACAGUGGAGGCAGAGCUUAAGGGUGUCUAUUUGCGGUAUUGUGGAAUGGAUCGCACCGGGUCACUGGCAUUUAAUGAGAAGUUAGAAGUGGCACAAAAGUGUUCUUGUCUCCAGCACUGGAUCUACCAGUGGACCAAUGGAAAUGUGCUGUUCUCCAGACUUGAGGGAGUUGAUACAAUACUGACAAAUAUCGGAAUAGCAGUCAGGUCAAAGGGGUAUCAGGGGUUUCCUUGUGAGGCUAAUCCGAAGGUUUUCGAGCAGUUUCAGAUCCAGCAUCAAUGUAAUUACUUCUGUGGUCUCUUAAACCUCAAACCUCUCAAAGCCCCAGAAACACUUCAGACUUCAACCAGACCCAAGGGCUCAAGCAGCCCACUACUACAACGAAAAACAGCACCCAGCUCCUCCAGUCCCCAGACCCCACGCAAGGCCACAAAGAGCCCCAAAGUAUCCCGCAAGCUUAACCCACAGACGUCAACCUAACUCAAAAUAAAGUAGGCCAUAUACAUAGGGAAAAACUAAAGGAAAAAAAGAGGUCCGUCUAUUAUUGAAUCGAAACGUUGAUCACUGAUCUGCAGUUAAGAUGCAGCUGCACUUACUACCCGAAUGUAAGUAAAAACAACUUUUGAUAAAUGCACCAUUUUAAAUGAAAUAUGUAAAUCCAGAAUCAUUACCUAAUCUUCUGUUGCAGUGCUCUUUACAGAAUCCGUUCUGUAAUCCUCAGAGGUUUUUGAAAGUGCAUUGUAAAAAUGUGUGAUAAUGUCAAGUGGAGCUGUAGCACUACAAACUUUAUAUUACCUCUUUGUUAAUUUCUAAAGGAAGU